AUGAAGUUCAUCAUUGCUUUCGCCUGCCUGCUGGCUGUGGCCUACGCCAACGAGGAUGCCAAUGUGCUCCGUAGUGAAGCGGAAGUCAACGUUGACAGCUUCAAGUAUGCUCUGGAGCUCGACAACUCCGUGAACGUCCACCAGCAAGGUGAGCAGCAAGGCGAGCAGUGGGUGGUUAAGGGAGACCAGGCCUGGACAUCCCCCGAGGGAGUGCCAGUCUCCAUCCAGUAUCUUGCCGACGAGAACGGAUACCAGGUGCUGGCUGCCAACCCCCCUCUGCCAACCCCUCCCCCAAUCCCAGAGGCCAUCCAGCGUGCCCUGGAAUGGAUCGCAGCCCACCCCUCUAAGGAAUAA